AUGAGGAAUCGUUUGUUUUAUGUUACCUCCUUUUUGAAGGAAGAAGGAGAAAACAUGUUCAAUAUGUUUAGGUGCACAUACCAUAGUAUUCAUAAAAUGAGCAAAGAUAAAAACAAGAAUUUUGUUAUUGGAAGAAAACGUUAUGUAAAGAGGAAUUUAAAAAAGAAAGAAAGAGACAAUGAGAAAUUUAUAAAAAGUGAAUUAUAUAAAAAUAGUUUUUUAGAAUAUAAUUUAAAAACUGAUAUAUAUUUAAAAUUAAAUGAAUUAGGUAUUAUGAAUCCUUCAAGUAUACAAAUGAAUGUGAUACCUUUAUUACUAGAUGAAAAAAAAAAAAAUUAUCCAAGUAAUAAUAAUAAUAAUAAUAAUAAUAAUAUUUAUAGUAGUAGUAAUAAUAAUAAUAAUAGUAGUAGUCAUACGCUUCAUCGAGAUGGUAUUAUAUCCAUAAGCAGAAAUAACAUUUACAAUCAAAUAUUAAAGAAUAGAAUAGAAAUAAAUAACUACCUAAAAAAAAAUAAUAUAUUUAUACCAGAAAAAAAUAAUAUGUAUAAUGUUGAGAAAUAUAAAAAUGAAAAUAACAUAGAAUAUAAUUAUAAUAAUAACCAUAAUACACACAGAGCACCUAAUCUGAUGUAUCAUUUGAAUGAUGAUAGAGAAAAAAUUAUAUCUAUGAAUAAGAAUAAUGAAAAAUGCUUUAAUGAUGUAUACUUAAUCGUUAGCCCUAAUAAUAGUGGGAAAACAUUAAGUUAUUUUCUUCCUAUAUUAGAUAAUUUUUAUAAAUCUAACGAACGUAUAAUGAAAUAUUUAUUAAAUUUUUAUCAUUUUUUAAAUAAAUAUAAUUAUAAGAAAUGUAAAAAUAAACUAUAUAGAAAAAAAGAAAGGUUAAGAUAUGUUCAUCGUAGGAAGGAUGAAAAUCUUUUUUUUAAUAUAUCAUAUGAGAAAUAUAAAGUGAAUAAUAGAAUUAUACAUAUGCGUACAUAUAAAAAUUAUAGUAUAAAUAAUAGUUAUAUAAAAAAUAAGAGGAAUAAUCAAUUGAAUAGUUUAAGACAUAAGAAAAAUGUAUUUUUCCCAUAUGCUAUCAUUUUAACAAAUACAAGAGAAGCAGCUUGUGAACUUUUUAGUUUAUUAAAAAAAUUCGAUAUAAAUAUUGAAUUAUUGAGUGGAGGAUAUUUAAAUAAGAAAAAAUCUAUAAAAAAAUACCACGUAGAAUAUUUUUCUGAUAUAAAUCGAAAUUAUAAUGAUAAACAAGAAAAUAUAUGGAUAGAUACUUCUUAUAGAGGUAGGUAUGAAUAUGUCAGAAAUAUAAAAGAAAAAAGAAAUGACAAAAUAAAACCCUCUGGAGGGAAUGAGCGAAUAAAUUACAAUAUUGACCUUUUGAUAGGGACUCCAGAUAAAAUAUUUGAAAAGAUGGAAAAUAUCAAGAAUAAACAUUUAUAUAAUUUCAAAUUUUUAAAAUAUUUUAUUAUUGAAGAGUCAGAAUCUUUAUGUAACGUUUUUAAUGAGAGAAAGUUACAAUUAUUAUUUAACCAUAUUAAAAAAUAUACAAAUAUGUAUUAUUUUAGGGGUUUACAAAAAUGCGAUGAAGAUGAUAUGGAAUAUCAUAAUAACAGGGAAAAUAGUAAAUAUUCGAAUAAAUUGUUGGAUAAGAGCAUUGAACAGAGAGAUGAAGAGGGGCGGAAAAAAAUUCGAAAGAGAGUGUCUGGGAAUAGGUUUACUAUCAAGGAAAUUGGGGUUAAUGAUGAUAUGUAUGAACAUGAGAUGAACGAUAAUAAAAUGGCGGAUGGUAAAAGUAAGGAUAAUAUGUAUGAACAUGAAAUAAACGACAAUAAAAUGACGGAUGAUAAAAGUAAGGAUAAUAUGUAUGAACAUGAGAUGAACGCCAAUAAAAUGAUGGAUGAUAAAAGUAAUGAUAAUAUGUAUAAACAUGAAAUAAACGACAAUAAAAUGACGGAUGAUAAAAGUAAGGAUAAUAUGUAUGAUGUUGUUAAUAAGGAAGAUAUAUAUCGUAUUAAUAGUAAAGAUAGGUUGGGAGGUGAUUUCAAUAAAAUAUAUGGUUUUCAUAAUACAAAUAAUAAUUAUACAAAUACACGACAAGUGGUUGAUGAUGAAAUAGAAAAAAGACAAGGUGAAUUAGGUCCCAUUUUAGAAAAAGGAAAUAAUAAGGAAAACAAUAUAAAUAAUGAAAAAAAAAAGGAUAUAUAUAUUGAUAAUAUAAAUAUUAAGAAUAUAAAAAACACAUUAUAUUCAAAUAUCCCUAUUAGCAUUUUUGUAUCAUCAACUAAAACCUGUGCUAUUUCAGAAUUUUUAAAUAACAAUAUAAGGAGUAAAUAUAUUCAACAAAUAAUAAAUAUAAGUAGCCACCACAUUGACAAGGAUAUGAAGCAUAUAUUUAUUAAUAGUAAAAAUAAGGAGAAAGUAUCUUUAUUAUUAGAAAUACUUAAUAGUAAAGAGAUAAAUAAGGGUAAAAUAUCAAAUAAUUAUAAGAAUAAUUUAUAUGGAAAUAUAUAUGGUGGGAGAAAUUAUGCUUUUGUUUGUCGAUAUGUAAUAUUUUGUAAUACUAGAAAGAGUGUAAUGAAUAUUCGAGAAAUAUUAGAAGAAUUAGAAUAUAAAGUAAGUUAUAUACAUAAUGAAAUGAACUAUAAAGAUAGGAGUAGAAAUUAUCGAGAUUUUAAAAAAGGGAAAACGAAUAUACUAAUAUGUACUAAUAUAUUAAGUAGAGGUGUUAAAUUUGAUAAUUGUGAAAUAAUAAAUUAUGAUUUAAGUAAUAAUAUAAAUGAUUAUAUAUAUAAAACAAAGAAUAUUUGUGGAUCUUCUAAUUUCGAUAAAAAUAAUAAUUCCUUAACAUCCUUUUUUAAUAAAAAAACUACAAAUAUUGUUAAUGAUAUAAUUGAACGAACUGUUGAUAAGAAACAAAUUAUUUUUCAAAAUCUAAAUAAAAAAGUAAGCAAAAUGUUAAAAUUACAAAGUAAAUAUUAUGAUAUAGUCAAAAAAAAGAAAAAAUAUCAAAAACGAGGUGGAAGAAAAGCAUUACAUAUUGCUCCUAAAAGAAAUUGUUUAAGUAAAAGAAAUAAAAUUUUAUCUAAGAAAUUAUAUUUUUAUCAUAAGAUGGAAAUCGAAAGGAAAAGAUUAAUAAAAAAAGGCAUACUUAAGGGUCAUGAAAAAAUACCAAGAUAUCCUAAUAGACAAGCACAAGAAUAUGAUAGUAAUGAAUAUAAUUCCAUGAAUAAAUUAAACGACGGAUCAUUACAAAUACUAGCCAAAAAAAGAAAAACAAAGAGAAAUAUAAAUAAAAAUAAUGAAAUACAAUAUGAUCAAGAUACUAUUGUAUUGGAUAAUAUGCCUACAUAUGAAGAAGAAGCAAGUAUUAAGGAAAAAAAAUAUCAGAAGAAAACUUACUUUUAA